AUGCCCGGAGAAGACGAGGACGACAUGACCGAUGUCGCUGACCUUUUGUUCGGUGCAGUGCCAUCGGCUACCUCUGGUGCUGGUCGUGCUUCUGCUGCGACUGGUGCUGGACGUGGCCGCGGCCGUGGCCGUGGCCGUGGCCGUGGCAAUGCGGCUGGUGCUCGUGCAGUGGCAGCGUCCGGCGCUCCUGCAGUGGCAGCGUCCGGCGCUCCUGCAGUUGCAGCGCCCGGCACUCCUGCAGUGGCAGCGCCUAGUGCUCCUGCUUCUACUGCCCCUUCUCUUAGCGACGCUGCUUCUCUUGCAUCAUCUGCCAGCAACAAUAAGCGUAGAUCUCCUGUCUGGGAAAACUACGAUGAAGUUCAUGAUACUGUUGAUGGUGAGGACCGUUGUUUUGCUGUUUGCAAACUCUGUAAGUCUCGUUUGUCUGCUACUUCUGCUAAUGGAACUGGUCACUUAAAACGCCAUCAUACAUCAUGCCAAAAGAAAUCUGAUCAUGCUAGUAUGAUUCAAACUAGGCUUGCUUUAAACCCUGAUGGAUCUUAUAGAAAUUGGGAGUAUUCACCUGAAGUUGCUAGGAUUGAGCUUUGUCGUUUGAUAGCUAGACUAGAUCUGCCUAUUUCUGUUGCUGAUAAUAAUGCUUGGGAUGAGUAUAUCCAGCGUGCUCACAAUCCUAGAUAUAAGAGAGUGUCUAGAUAUACCACUUCUAGAGACCUGUCUAAGAUUUUUAAUGAGAAAAUGAUGCACCUUAAAAAUGAAGUAUUUCCUGAUGUGAGCUCUGUUUGUUUGACAUCUGAUAUUUGGUCUGGAAAUUCUAAGAAAGAUUACAUAACUGUUGUUGCACACUAUAUAACUAAUGAUUGGAAACUUAAAAAAUUUGUCAUUGGUUUUAAAUUGAUUGAAGUGACUCACAGUGGUAUUAACAUUGCUGAAGUUAUCUCUUGUGUGCUUAGAGAUUGGGGCCUAAUUGACAAAGUGUUUGUUGUUAGCCUUGAUAAUGCUUCUGCUAAUACAACUGCUAUGAGUAGUUCGACACCUAUGCUUGAUGGUUACUUGGGCUAUGAUGUUGAUCCUAGGGAUCCUCCUAAAAAAAUAUAUCAGGUUGUGCAUCAGCGCUGUGCUUGCCACAUAAUUAAUUUGAUUGUCAAAUCUAGCUUGAAAAGGCUUAAACCUUACAUAGAAGUUUUUAGAACUGCAAUUAAUUUUCUAAAUUCAUCUAAUCAUCGUGUUGCUCAAUUCAAGAACUACUGUCUUGCUAAGGAUAUCAGGCCACGUAAAUUUUGUUUGGACAUGGAUGUUAGAUGGAACUCCACAUAUCUUAUGCUUAAACAUCUGAUGCCAUAUAGAUUUGUCUUUUCUGCUUUCAUUAACUCUCAAUCUGGAUAUGCACUCUUGAGUGAACAACACUGGUACAUUGCUGAAAAGAUAUUGGAGUUUUUUGAAUUGUUCUAUGAUUCAACUGUUGCACUUUCUGGUGUGUACUACCCCACUAGUCCACUAGUACUGCAUCACAUUCUUGAGAUUGCUACCCACCUAGAAAAUUAUGAAAAUGAUAACCAGCUUGGUGAUGUUGUUGUGCCAAUGAAAACUAAAUUUCUUAAGUACUGGAAAAAAAUACCCUUGUUAUAUUCUUUUGCAUUUGUUCUGGACCCAAGGGCUAAGAUCAGAGGUUUGCAAAAUGUGCUUGACUUGCUUUCUCAGUGUAACAAUAUCAGUUACAUUGCUUAUCUUGCUGAGGUUAAAUCUGAGUUGCAUGCACUGUAUGACAAGUAUGAAUCUAGAUUUGGUGCAGCUAGGCCAGCUAGGACUACACAUCCAUCUGGCCUGACAGGUAAGAGCAAACAGGCAUGGGGCAGGAUUUUUGGAGGAUCAGUUUCUUCUGGAACAUCUAUUCCAAAUGGUUCAUCAUUUUCAUCUAUUUCAUCUGCUGGCAUAUCUGAGCUCACUGCUUACCUUGACAGUGACUAUGUUGUUGCCUAUGAUUAA